AUGAAGUCAGUUGUUCUUCUCGAACUUGCUGGUGCAGCUUCUGCGCAUUACACCUUCCCCGCCCUCAUAUCCGUAGGGACGACGUCUGCGGACUGGGAGUACGUACGUGACUGGACUGGUUCGUACACAUACAAUCCCGUCCAAGACGUAUCCUCUCUCAACGUUCGUUGCAAUGUAGACGGUUCGACGAACUCCGCCAGCACUCUAUCGGUUGCCGCAGGCUCUGAAAUCGGCUUCACUGCCAGCUCCAACAUCUACCACCCUGGUCCAGUACUGGCAUAUUUGGCGAAGGUUCCGUUUGGACAAACCGCCGCAACGUGGGAUGGAAGUGGCGACGAGAAUGGACCGUCGGGACUUGGUACCUAA